UGACAUACGAAGUAUAUUCUCACUUAUUUAAAACGUAUUCAUAAGUUUAGAUGUGGUUCAAUAUGAGUUUCAUCAGGCACGAGAAUGUUGUGCUUAACCCUUUAAUUGCACCGAGUAACAUUGCUUUUAAGUUUAUUUUGCCGUAAUAAGUGACUUGUAAAAUGACGUCGGAAUUGAACAAAAGUCUUACAUCUAUGGAUUGGUUACCGAGGUUAAAUGUGCAAGGAACAAUGGAUGGGGAACAAACUUGUGAGCAUAAAAAUGAAACAUUAUGUUGUAGUGGGAACCAGAAUUGUUCGGUUUCAUCAACAACUAAAGAUUCGAAUCAGAAAAUUGGAAAACCACCCUACAGUUAUGCCAAUUUGAUAUCAUUUGCCAUAAAUAGUUCCCCUAAGAAAAAGAUGACGUUGAGUGAGAUUUAUUCGUGGAUAUGCGUAAAUUUUCCAUACUACAGAGAUGCAGGGAACGGCUGGAAGAAUUCCAUCAGACAUAAUCUGUCUCUAAACAAGUGUUUCUGCAAAGUCCCUCGUUCAAAGGAUGACCCAGGAAAGGGCUCAUAUUGGGCGAUAGAUCACAGCCCCACAGAAAAUUUACCAAAGAAGAAGAGAAAACAGAGUGAUAGG